AUGUUCGAGACCAGUGUGCCACGCCACUAUUUUGAUUAUGCAAUUCUGGAGCUACAACUGACAGAAGGGAUUCUAAGAUCUACAAAAUCUGAAACUGCCUCCAGAUGCCUGUUUUUGCACCAACAGCUGAAAAGGGAAGAGGAGUGGGAGGUAGGCAGAGAUGGAGGUGAUCCUAAUACCAGAGAGGGAGAUCAAGAUGGAUAUGAUGAGGAGGACAAGGAGGAUGAUGAGGAUGAGGAUUACAAGGAGAAUGAUGAGCAGGAUAAGGACGAGGAGGAUGAGGAGGAUGAGGAUAAGUCAGAUAUAGUCCAUCACUCUAGGGAGGAUACCAGAGCCCUAGAUCUACUGAGUCUCCCAUUGCAGGAAGAAAGGGAUCCUGAUCCUAGUCCCCAUUGGCCCACACCUACUGUAUAG